CACUGAAGGUAAAGUUGGAAGAGGAAGAAGAAGAGAGAAAUGGCAAGCCAGGCAGCUAGGUCUUUUAACGGUAACAUGAAGGUGAUAUUGCCUUGUUGAUAUACUGACUAAUCUUAUUUUCAUGGUUUUAGUGGUUGAUUGUCUGGUCCAAACCAGUGCUCAUAGAAAUUACCGAGUAUCAUAAAAAGUCUAAUCUUUGUGGUGUGUGAAUGGACAAUUUGUGUUUAACUUGCAUGCUUAAUAUUUAACAAAGCUGUGGAUGAUUGUAUGUUUGUGUACGCAUCUGUGUAUAGUUAGCUAUAUACACUCACUCGCACUCAAUGAAACUCUGUAAGGUAAGGGUGAUGCCCAUUACUUAUAAAGAUUAGAUACAGAAAGCCAGAACUGUUACUAUCUCUAAACUGUUGGUACUCUUUUGAAUCUUUCUAGAACUGCAUUUCUCAUUGUAGUCACUGAAGUGUUAUACUCUUGCAUGCUUAUUGAAUGUAAUGCUUGUUGCAAGAGUUGCUUCAAUUGUAAAUCAAUGUUUGACGCCAAAUUCCAGAUGAGGAUGAGCAUGGAGAGACACUAUGUGGGUCUUGUGGAGAGAACUAUGCAUCUGAUGAAUUUUGGAUUUGCUGCGAUGUCUGUGAGAAGUGGUUCCAUGGCAAGUGUGUGAAGAAUGAAAGGGUAUGAGAAUGAAAGGGUGUUUGAGAUUGCAAAGGCUAUGGCUUGGGUUCCAGUUGGAGCAGACAGGAAUAAGACAUAUCUUCAUCUUAACCAAUGGAUACCAGAUGAACUUAAAUUUGAUCUGAACUGCCUUCUGUAUACACAUGGUAAGCUCUACCGCAAGUGCAUCAAGAAAGGAGGUAGCACUGGUAAGCAGCAAGAAAAGGAAUACGAGGAUAUCAAUUCCAACUUCAUGUAUGCAAUCUGCAAUGAAGUCGUGUAAUCAACACUAGUACAUAAUGGACUAGUUAUUAGCCAUGAUGCAGUUUUCUCUGCGUCUACAACUUUGAUUUCCAUUUGAAUGGGUAGAAUUAGAAACAGUUCUGUUAUCUCAGUGAAUUACGGAGGCCAAUCGACUUUUAUAUAUGUUAAUAUUUGCUUACAGCAUCAAUUAUUGAAUUGUAUUUGCAUUGUGUUUAAAA